CCAUGUCUCAAACCCACGAUUUCUCCUAAGCCCCUCUCUCGCCCCCACCUCACUGCCUCUCCCGGACACUACACAACACGCAGUAACGCCAUUUCUGAGGGUUCUUGGAUUUAAAAAAAACUGAAUCAUCUUUACCAUUAGUAUACCCACAUGUGUAUUAUCAGUUUUUUAUAUUCCAAAACCAUUCUUUCUCUCUGUCUCUCUCUCAAAGGAACUGAAAACAGGGAAGAAAAGGAGUAUAUUAUCGUGCCAUGAAUGAAUGCUCCUUUGCUUCCUUGACACCCAUAUUUCUCUUCCUUUCUUUAACCUUUUUCAUUCAUUGCAUAACGAACCUGACCCAUCAAGCAAAGAAGCAGAUAUGACUAUUUUUCCUUCUCAUCUCCCAUUAAUGGAUUCUCUCUUGCUUGGACAGUAAAACAUCUUUUCCCCUUUCUUUCUGUACUCGAAAACCUUCUCUGUUUUGUCUCUCUGUAAUUGAUCGUCACUACCGGGGAUUAAGCCAUACUCUGUCUGAUACAACAAUCUGUGGUCAAAUGUUCAAGAACCCAUCACAGACAGACCAUGAAACUAUGCAAGUUCUUGAUUUUUUCAGGAAAUUCAAGCGAUUGAAGCAUUUUGAACCGUCUUUGGGAAUUAUUGGAUUCGUCUUUAUCAGUGUUUGUGUGAUUUGCGGCUUCUUUUUUUUGGAUUACAGGUCUGUGGCCAAAGGGUAUCGGGUUCCAGGUCAAUCUGAGAGGUUUAUGGGGUUAAAGUUCAAUGGGUCAGGCCAAAAUUACGAAAGGGUGGAUUUUUUGGGGGAGAAGGGAGAUGGGUGUGACUUGUUUGAUGGGGAUUGGGUUUGGGAUGAGAAGUAUCCGUUGUAUCAGUCCAAAGACUGCAGAUUUUUGGAUGAAGGGUUUAAGUGCACUGAAAAUGGAAGGCCUGAUUUGUUCUACACCAAGUGGAGAUGGCAACCCAAGCAUUGCAAUUUGCCCAGAUUUGAUCCAAAAAUAAUGUUGGAGAAACUGAGGAACAAAAGGCUAGUUUUUGUUGGGGAUUCAAUUGGAAGAAACCAAUGGGAGUCCCUACUAUGCAUGCUCUCUUCAGCAGUUGAUAAGGAUUCAAUAUAUGAAGUGAAUGGCAGCCCAAUCACAAAGCAUAGGGGGUUCUUAGUGUUCCUGUUCAAGGAUUUUAAUUGCACUGUGGAGUACUACAGGGCCCCAUUUCUUGUGCUGCAGAGCCGGCCACCUGCUGGGGCUCCAGAAAAAAUUAAAACAACCCUGAAACUGGAUCAAAUGGAUUGGAACUCUGUUAAGUGGAGAGAUGCCGAUGUACUGGUUUUCAAUACAGGACAUUGGUGGAACUAUGAGAAAACCAUAAGAGGGGGUUGUUACUUUCAAGAAGGCGAUAAAGUUAGGCUGAAAAUGAAGGUGGAAGAUGCAUACAGAAGAUCCAUGGAGACCGUACUGAACUGGACGCAAAAUGAAGUGAACAUGAGCAACACUCGGAUAUUCUUCCGUACAUUUGCCCCUGUACAUUUCAGAGGUGGAGAUUGGAAGACCGGGGGAAGCUGUCACAUGGAAACAUUGCCGGGGCUGGGGUCGUCACUUGUUGCACCCGACACUUGGGCCCAGUUCAAAAUAGUCUCCGACGUGUUAUCCGCUCACUCUAAUCAAUCAGAGCGAAAAACUUUUGAUGUAUUGAAUGUUACACAAAUGACUGCGAGAAGGAAAGACGGUCAUUCAUCACUAUACUAUAUGAGUCCUAAAGAGGGUCCUGCAUCCCUGCGACGACAAGACUGCAGCCAUUGGUGUCUACCUGGAGUCCCCGACUCAUGGAAUGAGCUUUUCUACGCACUCUAUCUCAAGCGUCAGGCUAACCAGACGCUGAACUCAUCAAGACACACAUCACAGGUUUGAUACGAAAGGUUCUUAUCUAGUGCAAAAGGAGACAAAACUGGUGCUAACUGGACUGGAUUUAUAGUUUCCUGGCAAGAAUGGAAAGAGUUGUUCAUAGGGUGAAAUGCAGGUCCAAGAUACUGUUAUGUUCAUCAAGAGAUCACGCCAGAAGGGACGGCUUUUCGACCGGAUAAAAAGGGUUUUUUUGGCUAGAGGAGCCUGAUUUGUGAAGCUGCUAAAGCAGAAUUUUUGGGAAUAUAAUUGGUACUGGGUAUAUAUAAAUAUCUGCACAUGAUUAUUUUAGGUGGCACAGUUGGUUGGGAAUUUUGUAAUUACCAGAAUUUUUUGUUUUGUCAAUUUUGCAUGAAUAUGCAAAGCUUAAUUUUGAAUAUCUGAA